AUGGUCAACAAAGCGCACGCGCCUCGGGGCGCCAACAAGCCGGGCAAAAAGCCAGCGGCAACGACGUUGAACGGCGAGGACAGCAGUUUUAUAGUGUUUGGGAACGACAACGACAAGCCGAAGAAGAGCAAGAAACCUACAGAUGGUAGUCAUGCCGCAGCCACUACUGGCGCCAGCAAAGGCAAAGCAGCAGCAGGAACGAGUGGCGCUUCUCCUGCUGCUGAGCCGGAACAGAAGAAGCCAGAUACCAGAACGCUGAUCGGAGGUGCAUCAUGGACGGGCAAGCUGCCGCAGACCAUGUUCAAUGAGCACUGCCAGAAGCAGAAGUGGGAGAAGCCGGAGUACACCAUGCGUGGAAACACCAAGACUGGCUUUACUGGGGGCGUGAUUAUCAAGCAGAAGAAUCCCAAAACCCACGAAAUCACCACUCUACCUCCCAUCGUUCCGCCUAGCGACUAUCUCAAAGAGCGAGGCACUCAAGAGACCGCCGUCGAGGCUAGGCACUUCGCUGCCGCAUACGCCCUCUUUCGUGUCAGCAAUAUGAAGAAUAUCCACAUGAUGCUCCCGCCAACAUAUCGAGACCUGUGGAAGGGCGACUUUCAAGACUUGAAAAGCACUGCGGUAGCUCAAGGCCAAGGCUACUUGUAUGAAGCAGACCCCUUUUCGGCCAAGAAACAGCACGACGAGGCGAUUGUCGCCCGAGAAAAGGCAAGAGCAGACAAAGCUAAGCAACAAGUGGAGGACAGGAAGCUUGAAAUUGUCAGUCUCGACGGGCAGGUGCAGAGCAAGCACGUACUGAAAGGCUGGAUGCGCGUCCCCAAGGUCGAGAUGGGCGUCAAGACGCGACGUGAGGUCGAAAGACAGAUCCGUCGAGGAGGUGCAUGGAAUUUGCAUGCUGUUCAAAUGGCGAUGCACGAGCGUAAGAUGGUUAUAGAUGAUUUGUCCAAUAUAGGCUUCCGGAGAAGCCACGUCGAAGAGGCGGCAGAGCUUUGCAAGGACCGAGAGGAAUGCUUGGAGUGGCUCCUCAUCCACGUGCCCGAGGACGACCUGCCAAAGUGGUGUCUGCCUGAGAAUUACCUUGCUGGUGUGAGCAUGGCGAGCGGCGACCUGAAGCGAGAAGGUCAGAUCAAACGCUUAGCGGCGACUGGUUACUCACCAGAACUGUGCGCGGACAUGCUUGAGUUGCACAAAGGGGACGAAGGUCGCGCGGCAGAAGCACUGCAAGCGCGCCUAUUAGGCCAAGAAUUCAUGUCGACAUCAGACGCGACACCUGAUAACGAAAUUUGGGACGAGGAACUAGCCACUUCAGAAGCAAUAUUCGGCGACAGAUUCACUAAUCAUGAGAGGACAUGCAGUAUCAUGCUCGAGCUACAGACUCCCUCAAAGCAGCCCAUUAUUAUUCGAGCACGACCACCUAGCAAAGGCUAUCCGAAUGCCCUGCCCGUGCUCGCAAUUGAAGCAGCUUUGCCCGCAUACGUUCGCCUAGCGAUCUUGAAGCAAGUCCUUACAGCAGCGUCUAGCGACUUCUUGGGAGUGCAGAUGCUUUUCAGUGUUGUGGAUUGGCUCGAGCAGAACAUACCAGCCAUCAUCGAUCAGCCUGGAAAGCUUAGUGAGGUGGCUAGUGCAACUGCAACUUCCACGAUAGAGGCCUCGAAGCCAGCUUCCAAGAGACUUCAUCGACAGCCGAAGCCGAUAUCGUGGACACCAGAAUCGCCAUUGAGCCAGAAGACACUCGAAGAAUGGACCGCCAGACAAUCGUCGGCUGAGCAGCAGAAGAUGCUGAAGGCAAGGAAGAAUCUGCCGGCCUGGUUUCUGCAAGACGAAAUCGUGCAGUCUGUUACGAAGAACCAGGUCACUAUCAUAUCUGGCGAGACAGGUUCCGGAAAGUCGACUCAAUCCGUUCAAUUUAUCCUCGACGAUCUAAUCAAGCGUUGCUUCGGAGCUCAGGCCAACAUCAUUUGUACACAGCCUCGGCGGAUUUCCGCACUUGGACUUGCCGAUCGGGUCGCGGACGAGCGCUGCGUCAAAGUUGGCGAUGAGAUUGGCUAUGCAAUUCGUGGCGAAUCGAGACAGAAACAAGGCGUGACGAAAAUCACUUUCGUGACAACCGGUGUCCUUCUCCGUCGGCUGCAGACUUCCGGGGGCAGCACUGACGACGUUGUGCGCAGUCUGGCCGAUGUGAGCCAUGUCAUCAUCGACGAAGUGCAUGAGCGGAGCCUCGACACUGAUUUCCUUCUCGUCUUGCUUAGAGACGUGCUCAAGAAGCGCAAAGAUCUUAGAUUAGUGCUUAUGUCCGCCACGCUUGACGCACAGACUUUCGAGACCUACUUCAACUCGUGUUCAAGCGUUGGCAAAGUCGAUAUCGAAGGGCGAACACAUCCAGUCACAGACAUCUAUCUGGACGAGAUUGUACGAUUGACGGGGUUUCAUGCGGUGCCCGCAGAUGAGGACUCAAUGGCUGAGCUUUCUUUGGAUGAUCGAACGCCGGCCGUUGGCACGAGGAUUAACUAUGAUCUCAUUGCACGAACUGUGGAGUUCAUCGAUCGAAAGCUUGGCCAUGCUGAUGGUGGUAUACUCAUUUUCCUGCCCGGUGUGGCCGAGAUUGACCAGACUUUGCGUGCCCUGAAAGGUGUACCAAACCUGCACACUCUGCCACUACAUGCAUCAUUACAAAGCGUGGAGCAGCGCCGCGUAUUCCCCCGGGCGCCACAAGGUCUUCGCAAAGUAAUAGCUGCAACUAAUGUCGCCGAGACUUCUAUUACCAUUGAAGACAUCGUCGCCGUCAUUGACACUGGUCGUGUCAAAGAAACCAGCUUUGACCCUGUCAACAACAUGGUGAAGCUUGCUGAGGUAUGGGCAUCUCGUGCGGCUUGUAAGCAACGCCGUGGCCGAGCUGGACGAGUCAGAGCUGGCGAAUGCUAUAAGCUGUACACUCGCUCAGCCGAAGCGAAGAUGGCCGAAAGGCCGGAUCCCGAAAUCCGCAGAGUGCCGCUUGAGCAGCUGUGCUUAUCUGUUAGAGCCAUGGGCGUCUCUGAUGUCCAUGCGUUCUUAGCAUCCGCUCUGACGCCGCCCGAGAGCCUUGCUGUCGAAGGUGCACUCCAAUCACUGUGUCGGAUGGCGGCAUUCGGCUGUCUAGACGCUACCAUCACAAUUGCUGCCAUCUUGACAGUCAAGAGCCCGUUCGUCAGCCCGAAGGAUAAGCGAGACGAAUCCAAAGCGGCCCGGAGCAGUUUCGGGAAAGGUCAGGGCGAUUUGCUGUGUGACCGGUCGGCGUACGAAGAAUGGUCCUCGCGUCGUGCAGCCGGCGAGCCGACAUCAUCUUUGCGCCGUUGGUGUGACGACAACUUCCUCAACCAUCAGACACUCAUGGAUAUUUCCACGAAUCGAGUUCAAUACCUCGCAUCUCUCCAAGAGAUAGGGUUCCUGCCAUCGGAAUAUCGACACGGUAGCCGAGUAUCCCAGGUGUACAACCAGCACAACGGCUCCGAAGCAUUGCUUCGAGCGCUGAUAGCCGGAGCAUUCCAACCUCAGGUCGCGCGUAUUGAUUUUCCAGACAAGAAGUACGCUGCCUCCUCUUCUGGCGCAGUCGCAGUCGACCCAGAAGCUCGUAUGAUCAAGUAUUUCAACGAAGAGAAUGGCCGCGUGUUUGUGCAUCCGUCGUCGACACUCUUCGAUGCGCAGAGCUUUCCAGGCAACAGUGUGUAUAUGUCAUAUUUCACGAAGAUGGCCACCAGCAAGGUGUUCAUCAGAGACCUGACGCCGUUCAACGUUUAUGCAUUGCUGAUGUUUGGCGGCAAGAUUGAGAUCGACCCGCAAGGACGCGGACUUCUUGUCGACAGCUGGGUCCGGCUCAGAGGUUGGGCUCGAAUCGGCGUGCUUGUUAGUCGCAUGAGAAUGAUGCUUGACGAGCUCCUUGAGAAGAAAUUGGAUGACCCUGCUCUGGAGAUGGGCGAACACGAUGUGGUUAAGGCAGUCAGAAAGAUGGUCGAGUUGGAUGGGCUGGAUCGAUGA